AUGCCCAGGGAAAUCAUUACGAUCCAAGCCGGCCAAUGCGGCAACAACGUCGGGAGCCAGUUCUGGCAGCAGCUCUGUCUGGAGCAUGGCAUCAGCCAGGACGGCAACCUGGAGGAGUUUGCGACCGAGGGCGGUGAUCGCAAGGACGUGUUUUUCUACCAGAGUGAUGAUACGAGAUAUAUUCCCCGCGCAAUACUGCUCGACUUGGAGCCCAGGGUCAUCAAUGGCAUCCAAACCGGACCGUAUCGAAACAUCUACAACCCCGAAAACUUCUUCGUCGGGAAACAAGGCAUUGGCGCAGGGAACAACUGGGCCGCUGGGUAUGCGGCAGGCGACGUGGUGCAGGAGGAGAUCUUUGACAUGAUCGAUCGAGAGGCAGAUGGAAGUGAUUCGCUGGAGGGUUUCAUGCUGCUGCACUCGAUCGCUGGAGGCACUGGCUCCGGCCUGGGGAGCUACCUCCUCGAGCGGAUGAACGACCGUUUCCCCAAGAAGCUCAUCCAGACGUACUCGGUCUUCCCGGACACGCAGUCGGCGGACGUCGUGGUGAAUCCGUACAACAGUCUUCUGGCGAUGAGACGGUUGACGCAGAAUGCGGACUCGGUGGUCGUUCUGGACAAUGGCGCACUGUCGAGGAUCGUCGCCGACCGACUCCACGUGCAGGAGCCGUCGUUCCAGCAGACUAACCAACUGGUGUCGACGGUCAUGUCCGCAUCGACGACCACGCUCCGAUACCCCGGCUACAUGCACAACGACCUCGUCGGCAUCAUCGCCUCGCUGAUCCCCACGCCGCGAUGCCACUUCCUCAUCACAUCCUACACCCCGUUCACGGGCGACAACAUCGAACAGGCCAAGACGGUCCGGAAGACGACAGUGCUCGACGUCAUGCGGCGGCUGCUGCAGCCAAAGAACCGGAUGGUGUCGAUCACGCCGAGCAAAUCGAGCUGUUACAUCAGCAUCCUGAACAUCAUCCAGGGCGAAGCCGACCCGACGGACGUGCACAAGUCGCUGCUGCGGAUCCGCGAGCGGCGUCUCGCGUCGUUCAUCCCCUGGGGGCCGGCAAGCAUCCAGGUAGCGCUGACUAAGAAGUCGCCGUACAUCCAGCACACGCACCGCGUCAGCGGCCUGAUGCUGGCGAACCACACGUCGGUGGCGACGCUCUUCAAGCGCAUCGUGCAGCAGUACGACCGGCUGCGCAAGCGCAACGCCUUCCUGGAGCAGUACAAAAAGGAGCCGCCGUUCGCGGACGGCCUGGGCGAGUUCGACGAGGCCAAGGCCGUCGUCAUGGACCUGGUCGGCGAGUACGAGGCGGCUGAGAAGGAGAAUUAUCUCGAUCCGGGGGCGGGCGAGAACAAUCAGCCUAGCAGCAUGUAG